AUGGAUUUGGAUGCGACAUUGUUUGGAGAAGGCUCAGGUACAACAGCGCCAGCAAUACGAACUAAACGAUUGCGUCAUAAAUGGACAUCCGCAUUUCGCGUCAUGCAGUCAUUGCAUCGUUUGAAGAAUCCACCUCUUGGCGCAAAAUCUGAGAAACACAACGAUCAUUUCGCUGAAUCGACACCUUCCAGAGUAGAUCCGGUUUACUUGGCAUUGAAGCAAGCCACUGGUAUCUAUGGCCGACGAGGCUCAUCAACGCACAAUUUUGAUUCAGCUACACCAUCACCUCGCAAUUUGUCAGAAGCUUCCUUACAAGAUUCCGGAUAUGCCGAAGCAAGUUGUAAUCGUGGUGUUAUGAUUAGUUCAACACCUCAACUGGAUCAAUCAGGUAUGCAUGGAGGAAAGCGCCGUCCGCCCAAGCUACACAAACAAAUGAAAUCGCUAUCACUGGAUUGUGCUGACUCACCACCUUCCAUUACAAGUGGUGUAUAUCCAAGGGGCAAAUUAGCACCGACACUGUUAUAUUGCAAUAAUAGCUUCGGGGAUAUAUCAGAAUGCGAACGAAGUCGAUCGCCGUCAGGACCAUCUCCUCGUUUAACUCCACGUCGCAUUAGUUCUUCAGAUGUUUUGCAAGGAUCUCAUGUGGUCAUUCAUGAAUACGCAGCUGGAUCUGAUACAGCCUUAUGCUUAGGCGAUCGAUUGAGAGUUGUUGAUAACGGAGAUCCUGACUGGCUCUAUGGUUUUAAGGCUGGUGAUCGAACAGAUCGGCUGAUGUCAUUCCCAAGUACUUGUGUUGCAUUAGUGCAACCUGAUGAACAGCCAAUGUUGCUCAAACAAAACGUUCAUAUACCUGAAGCCAAAAUGAGACUUUAUCGUGACCAGGUGGUAUUUGCACAACCUGAUUCGAUCAUGGAUGGACGAGUAUUAGUACGUACGGAACGUCAUGCUUUUGUUCAAUGUCCUUUGCAGCAUCUGCUAUUAUUGUGA